CUGGCACACUGGCAUGGCAGUAGUUUCCGGCUGUGCAAAAGGUGUUCGCAAAAAUGAAUAUUUUAGUGAGAAAUCUUAGUAAAUUGCGAAUAAACACAAUUACUAACACCUGCUCGAGUAUUCUCCUUCAGCAGACAAUCAAUCCUCAAGUGCAAAUUGCCAGAAAGACGAGUUUCUUCGUGAAAUUGCCCGCUGAGCAGAUAUGGAAGGGUGUGUAUUCUGUGAGCAAUGCCGGAAGGAAGAGAGGUCGCGGACGUGGAGCAGCUAAGAAGAAAGGCAGAGACUUGAAUCGCGGUCAAGUAAUUGGUGUGGGCAAGAUAAACAUGGUCUGGCCAGGUCUCAAUGCUCCUGUCGUGCGCGGCCGGGAGAUGGUGAAGCGUGAGGAGUUGCCAGAGGACAAGGAGCGUGAGGCGAAGCUGAUAAAACUGAGAGAUUCCAUGGGCUUCCGGCGGCUGGGAAGGAUCAAUCCAAUCGAUCGCGGAUGGUCAGGACACAAGAUGCCGGGCAGGAGUAUUGGGCCGCCGGAUCCAAUUGGAGACCAAACAUUCGAUGGCUUUGACACGCGCGUGCUGGAGCUGAAGCAGGUCUUCGUCAUGAAGGGAAAUGUGGGCAGGAAGAGACGACUGUCCGUGAUGGCGGUGACAGGAAAUGGGAAUGGCAUUGCUGGCUUCUCUGUGGCUAAGGCGAUUGACAACAAGACCGUCCUGAGGAAGGUGAAGAACCGCGCUGGCCAGAAGCUGAUCCACGUGGAGCUCUGCAAUGGACACACGGUGUACCAUGACAUCUUCUGUCAGUUCGGAGCCACGAAGAUUUUCAUGCAGAGAAAGCCCGAGGGUUACGGGCUGAUUUGCCACAGAGCUAUCAAGACUAUUUGUCAAGUUAUUGGCAUAAAGGAUUUGCACGCCAAAAUUGAGGGCUCCACGAACGUGCAACACAUCGUGAAGGCAUUCUUCAUUGGAAUGCUGAAGCAGAAGACUCACCAGCAACUCGCCGAGGAGAAGGGUCUUCACGUGGUGGAGUUCCGCAAGGAUCAGGGUAAUUUCCCCACUGUCGUGGCCUCACCAACUAAGUGUCGCACGGACGAUGAGAUUCCCAGCAAUGAAAUCAUGGAUUUCACUCAGCACGGCCUCGACGGGAACAUUAUGCUGAAGAGGAAGAAGUACAAGCCCUUCUACCUGGGCACCUAUGGACACAACAAGCACCUCAGGAAGCAGGAGACCAAGCGAGGUCACUUUGAGACCAUAAUCGACAUGAAGGUGCAUCACGGGGAGAUCAAGAGCUUCUACACUGAUAAGUAUCCGGAAUGCAGGCCAUUCGUGAGGGCCAAAAAGCAGGCUGAAGAGUAGAGAAUACUUAGUGAACAGUGAGCAUUUCUAGUGCAAGGACAGUUGAUUUUCAAUAAAAACUUAAUUGAAUCCAUUAAGAGAA